CGGAUAGUUAAAUGGGAGGACUUGGGGUCACUGUCCCAACUUCAGACGCCGGUGGAUCUGCAGCUGUUGACUGUGCCCGCCGCAGAUCUUUGAAACAUGAAUCCUUCACUCCUCCUGGCUGCCUUUUGCUUGGGAAUAGCCUCAGCUGCUCCAAGACAUGAUCACAGUUUAGAUGCAGACUGGUACAAGUGGAAGGCAACACACAGGAAACUCUAUGGCUUGAAUGAAGAAGGAUGGCGGAGAGCUAUAUGGGAGAAGAACAUGAAAAUGAUUGAACGGCACAAUUGGGAACACAGGCAAGGGAAACAUGGCUUCACCAUGGCCAUGAAUGCCUUUGGUGACAUGACCAAUGAAGAAUUCAGGAAGAUGAUGAAUGGUUUUCAAAACCAGAAGCACAAGAAGGGAAAAGUAUUCCUUGACACUGGCUCUGCUUUGACCCCCCAAUCUGUGGAUUGGAGAGAGAAAGGCUAUGUAACUGCUGUGAAGAAUCAGGGUCUCUGUGGUUCUUGUUGGGCUUUUAGUGCCACUGGCGCCCUCGAAGGACAGAUGUUCCGGAAAACCAGCAAACUUAUUUCACUGAGUGAGCAGAACCUGGUGGACUGCUCUUGGCCUGAGGGCAAUGAGGGCUGCAAUGGUGGCCUAAUGGAUAAUGCCUUCCAGUACAUUAAGGACAAUGGAGGCCUGGACUCAGAGGAAUCCUAUCCGUACCUUGGAAAGGAUGGAUCCUGCAAAUACAAGCCCCAGAGUUCUGCUGCCAACGACACUGGUUACGUGGAUAUUCCAAAGCAGGAGAAAGCGCUUAUGAAGGCCGUGGCAACUGUGGGGCCCAUCUCUGUUGGUAUAGAUGCAAGCCAUGCAUCCUUCCAGUUUUACAGCGCAGGCAUUUAUUUUGAACCACAGUGCAGCAGCGAAGACCUGGAUCAUGGCGUUCUGGUGGUCGGCUAUGGCGUUGAAGGAGCAGACUCAAAAAAUAAGUAUUGGCUUGUCAAGAACAGCUGGGGUAAUACUUGGGGCAUGGAUGGCUACAUAAAGAUGACCAAAGAUCAGAACAACCACUGUGGAAUCGCCACCAUGGCCAGUUACCCUGUGGUCUAAAUCUCAAAGACUGGAUUAAGAACAGAAUAGCCCGAGGACAAAUUCUGUCUUCAAACCAACCAGACUCUAUUGUAUGGGAUCAAACACUUGAAUCAUUGAGGAUCCAAGUCGUGAUUUGAAUUCUGUGCCAUUUUACACUGGUGAAAUGUUACCACUUCUUUAAUUACUGUUGUAAAUAGGUUUGUGUGAUUGACGUGUCUCAUAAAUUUGUACUUUUCAUGUUUUAAAAGGAUGUAUAAAGUUUUACCUUUUAAAAUAAAACUUAAUUUUAGGAGUUCC